AUGCGAAUAGACAGGGCAGAUUACCUUGAAAUCAACAAAUUGGUCACACGAUUGUCAAUUGCAUUGAUCCUGUUUGCUUUGAUUCAACCAAGAUAUCCUUACUCGAUUCCAUUCGGUUUUAUUCUUGCGAUGCUAGUUAGCUACAAGAACCCUAUAGUUGAGCGCAUGUGGAAACGAUUUCUCUUCAUGGGGUUACCAAAACUUUCUACUGAAGACAAAAAGCUUCUCCAAGCCAUUGACGCUUUGAGCAAGUAUAAAGCAAGGUCAACAUCAUGGAACGACAGACGUCGUGUGUUGUUCAGAAGAAUGCCAUGGAGACAUCAGAAUAUUGCCAUGAAAUUGGGAUUUACGGCCAGGAUCAAUGACGUUCAGAAAUGCAUUAAUGAGAAUUCCAAAUUGACAGAAUCGGUCAUUGAAAUGGUAAGAGAUGAAUAUAGUUUGCCGCCAUCCUGUCCUCCAGAUUUGGCUAUUGAAGACAAUAUCAGAGUUAUUGAGACAUUGUGCCAUUAUGCCAGGGAUUGGUCAAGUCUAGGGGAUGUUGAAGUGCAGCCAUUGGUAGAUUACAUCAAGGAUAGUAUAACUAAGGUUCUGAGCCAGGACGCACAGAGGCAGACGAAUGUGAUUGUUCCUGGGUCAGGUCUGGGACGUAUUUCUCACGAAUUAGCGUUAUUGCCUUUCCAUUCCGUCCAUUCAGUGGAAUAUUCCACGCUAAUGUAUCUGUUUAACAAAUUCGUUUACUCAGAUUCUCCAAAAACCUAUAAAGUUUAUCCCUUUGCGCAUUCCUAUUCUCAUCAUGUGGAAGCUAAAGACCAACAAAGAUCGAUAGAUUUUACCCAGCUGCCAGAAAGGCCCUCUAAUCUACAUAUUCACAAUCAGGACUUUAACGAGUUCACCCUAUCUUCCCAACAGGAAAACCUUGUCAUUGUCACUGCCUUCUUUUUGGAUACUGCUGAAAAUAUGUUUGAGUAUUUUGACACGAUAGACGCUUUGAUGAACUCUGUGACAGGUACCAAGCUUUGGAUCAAUGUGGGCCCUCUUAAGUAUGGUACGGCAGCUCGCGUGGAAUUUUCUUAUGAUGAACUGAAGGCUCUUCUGUCUGAGUACAAUUGGAAACUGUUAGAUGAACAGGAUCCGAAACCAUUGGGAUAUCUCACCAAUCUGAAAGGUCUUUGGCAAGGUAACUACGGAGUUACGAUGUGGACAGCCACGAAAUAA